AUGGAUAGAAUACAUAAACUCGAGCGAGACGCCCUCGGCCGCCAAAAGUAUAUGAAUGCGGUGAUAGAAGAAGGAAACUCUCCUAUACAACAAUUCUUCUCGGGCGUUACCAUCUUUAUUACUGGAGGAGGUGGUUUCCUUGGCAAGCAAUUUAUAGAGAAGCUACUCAGAGCAUGUAAAAUAAAGAAAAUAUAUGUAUUAUUGAGGCCGAAGAAAGGUAAAUCCAUACAAGAGAGGCUGCAGUUUAUGUUGAAGGAUCCUGUUUACGAUAUGGUACGUAGAACACAAUCGGAUUUCGCAGACAUAUUGGAAGCUUUAGAAGGAGACAUUUCAGAGCUGAAUCUCGGACUAAGUGAUAAGGACUACGCCAAAAUUACUGACGAGGUCGAUUUCGUUGUUCACAUGGCAGCUAUAAUUCGGUUCGAUGGACCAUUACGGGACGCCACAUUGGCCAACGUUCGAGGGGUCAGAGAAUGUGUGUUGCUGGCCAAAGCGUGUAAAAACCUCAAGUGUUUCACAUAUGUGUCAACAGCCUUCACUCAUGCAACUCGAGAUCGCAUCGGAACAGAGUUGAAGGAACAAUUUUAUCCGUGUCCUGUACCCCCUGAUCAGAUAAUCGAGUUGGCCGAAAAUGAAUCUAAAACGGUGGAAGAUAUAAGAGAGGAAAUGAUCAAAGGAUGGCCCAACACGUACACCUUCACUAAAGCAAUAGCUGAAGAAGUGGUCAGAUUGAAUUGUGGGGAUAUACCCGCUUGUGUCGUCAGACCGCCAGUUGUGGUCCCCUCUGAAGCUGUUUUACGUACUUCUAACUCCUUGAGGAACUAUUCAGAUAUGGAUAGAAUACAUAAACUCGAGCGAGACGUCCUCGGCCGCCAAAAGUAUAUGAAUGCGGUGAUAGAAGAAGGAAACUCUCCUAUACAACAAUUCUUCUCGGGCGCUACCAUCUUUAUUACUGGAGGAGGUGGUUUCCUUGGCAAGCAAUUUAUAGAGAAGCUACUCAGAGCAUGUAAAAUAAAGAAAAUAUAUGUAUUAUUGAGGCCAAAGAAAGGUAAAUCCAUACAAGAGAGGCUGCAGUUUAUGUUGAAGGAUCCUGUUUACGAUAUGGUACGUAGAAUACAAUCGGAUUUCGCAGACAUAUUGGAAGCUAUAGAAGGAGACAUUUCGGAGCUGAAUCUCGGACUGAGUGAUAAGGACUACGCCAAAAUUACUGACGAGGUCGAUUUCGUUGUUCACAUGGCAGCUAUAAUUCGGUUCGAUGGACCAUUACGGGACGCCACAUUGGCCAACGUUCGAGGGGUCAGAGAAUGUGUGUUGCUGGCCAAAGCGUGUAAAAACCUCAAGUGUUUCACAUAUGUGUCAACAGCCUUCACUCAUGCAACUCGAGAUCGCAUCGGAACAGAGUUGAAGGAACAAUUUUAUCCGUGUCCUGUACCCCCUGAUCAGAUAAUCGAGUUGGCCGAAAAUGAAUCUAAAACGGUGGAAGAUAUAACAGAGGAAAUGAUCAAAGGAUGGCCCAACACGUACACCUUCACUAAAGCAAUAGCUGAAGAAGUGGUCAGAUUGAAUUGUGGGGAUAUACCCGCUUGUGUCGUCAGACCGCCAGUUGUUGUACCAGCAUAUUAUGAACCUUCUCCGGGGUGGUCAGAUCUAAGCGCCAUAUAUGGACCUACUGGUUUUAUGAUCGGUGUUGGACUCGGCGUUCUACACGUGUUCCCCGUUGAAACAGACAAAACGCUAAAUAUAGUGCCCGUGGACUAUGUAAACAACGCAAUCAUUGCUGCCACGUGGGACACGUGCGAAAGAAGAAAACAUGGUGCCCUCAAAGAAACUCCUAUAUACUCUGUUAGUUCUACAAAACGAGGCUAUGUGUGGGACUUUAUGGCAGCAGUUAUGAGAAGUGAGGACUGCAAAAGGCUUGCUUCCCCACUCGCUGUUUGGUAUUGUUAUGGAAUAGAAGUGACCAAUCCUGUCUUAUACUGGUUACUAACCUGGAUCCUACACUAUAUACCUGCUUAUAUGGCCGACAUAGUGUGCGCCAUUCUUGGCAUUAAAAUCAAAGGAAUUACUUCAUUCAGACAAUUGUAUCAAAAGUUCUACAAGAUGUCAAACGUGUUCUGCUAUUUCUUCAACAACGAUUGGUGUCAGAUAAGAGGCCAGCCACCAAUCACGUCCACGGAACUAAAAGGAAAGGAUAGGCAGAUAAAUUAUGCCACAAAGUACAUAUACAAAUCCUCGACUAGUGAAUUAAUAGCCUGCAUUUUGUCGACUGUCAUUUUAGUUUGA